AUGAUUCACGGACCUUGUGGUGUUGCAAAACCAAAUUGUCCGUGUAUGGUCGACGGUAAGUGUUCGAAGAAAUUUCCUAAGAAGUUCUGUGAUAAGACUUCUCUAGAUUCGAAUGGUUAUCCGGUAUAUAGACGAGCCGAUUCAGGUGUUUUUGUUGAGAAAUCUGGUAUUCAGCUUGAUACAGAAGCGUGGUUCCAUAGGGCUGAAUUUGGUUUUGUACCAAAUGGUGAUGAAGGUCAGCUUGAAGAUGGAAAAGAUGAAAUCAAAGAGUAUUACGAUUGUAGAUAUCUCUCGGCAUGUGAAGCUUCAUGGCGCAUAUUUGCAUUUGAUGUUCAUUACCGCUAUCCAUCUGUAAUCAGGCUUCCGUUUCAUCUACCUGAUAAACAAAACGUUGUAUACGGCCCUGAUGACGAACUUGAUAGCGUUCUACAAAAACCUUCUGUUUCUUCUACGAUGUUUUUGGGGUGGAUGGAAAAGAACGAAAAAGAUCCGUUGGCGCGCACCCUUGCUUACGUUGAGUUCCCAACUAAAUUUGUUUGGAAGAAGGAUGAAAGGAUAUGGGAUAAACGCAUAAUAGGAAAAACCAUUGGUCGUAUUCAUUGUGUGAAUCCUUCUAUGGGCGAGGCAUACUUUUUAAGAAUUCUUCUUAAUAAGGUAGUAGGUCCUAAGUCUUUUGAAGACAUUCGUACUGUAAAUGGACAAGUCUUCCCAACAUUUAGAGAUGCGUGCUACGCUAGAGGCCUUUUAGACGACGACAAGGAGUAUAUAGAAGCUAUCAAAGAGGCGUACUACACAGGUUCUGGUUACUAUCUUCGUAAUCUGUUUGCUACAAUGUUGGCGUCUAAUACAUUAUCAAAGCCUGAAAAUGUUUGGGAAAACACAUGGGAGUACCUUGCGGAUGGUAUUUUAUACAAUCGGCAAAAGCUUUUGAGGAUCGAAGGUUUGUCUCUUCCAGAAGAACAAAUAAGGAACCUAACGUUGUUGGAAAUUGAGCGUUACUUAUUACGUAACAACUCAAGUUUAAGUCGGUUUCCGUCUAUGCCUCAACCCGACAGUGAAUCAAUAUAUUCAGCAGACAACCGUUUAAUUGCUGAUGAGCUUAGGUACGAUGUAAGCGCUACUGCCAUUGAAUUUGAUAAUAAUUUAAGCAGCCUAACCGAUGAGCAGCGUUUAGUGUUUGAUGAGAUAAUUGAAGCAGUUAAUAGUAAUGCGGGUCGUUUGUUCUUCGUAUAUGGGUACGGAGGUACUGGUAAGACAUUUCUUUGGAAGACAUUAUCUGCAUCCAUUAUAUGUAAAGUCGAUAUUGUACUAAAUGUUGCAUCAAGUGGAAUCGCAUCUCUUUUGUUACCUGGUGGGCGUACUGCACAUUCAAGGUUUCAUAUACCUCUAAAUUUAACAGAAACCUCGAUGUGUUUUAUUAAACCGGAUGAUGACGUUGCUGAUUUAUUGAAGAAAACGAAAUGA